AGGCUGCCGGGAGGGCGGCCGCCAGGGGGCGCCACAUGCGGGGCGGAGACGGCACCGCCAUGGCCGCGGCGUUCAAAACUGUGGAACCAUUGGAAUAUUACAGGAGGUUUUUGAAAGAGAACUGCCGACCUGAUGGAAGAGAGUUAGGUGAAUUUCGGACAACCACUGUCAACAUAGGUUCAAUUACAACUGCAGAUGGUUCUGCCCUGGUGAAGUUAGGAAAUACCACAGUGAUUUGCGGAGUAAAAGCGGAACUUGCUCCACCUGCAGUGGAUUCUGCUAAUAAGGGAUACAUUGUUCCAAAUGUGGAGCUGCCAUCCCUCUGUGCAGAGAGGUUUCGCUCUGGACCACCUGGUGAAGAGGCUCAAGCAGCGAGCCAGUUCAUUGCAGAUGUGAUUGAAAAUUCACAGAUGAUAGUGAAAGAAGAUCUGUGUAUUGCCAAUGGCAAGCUUGCGUGGGUGCUAUACUGUGAUAUCAUAUGUCUGGACUAUGAUGGAAACCUUCUGGAUGCCAGUGUCUUUGCUUUGUUGGCAGCAUUAAAAAAUGUGCAAUUGCCGUUGGUUACGAUAAACGAAGAAACUGGUUUAUCAGAAGUUAAUUUAAAACAGAAGAAUCCUUUGAUUAUCAGAAAGCAUCCGGUUGCCACAUCAUUUGCUAUAUUUGAUGACACAUUACUCAUUGUUGAUCCAACUGCUGAAGAAGAAGAUUUAGCAACUGGAACAGUAACCAUUGUAACUGAUGAAGAAGGCAGACUGUGUUCUGUCCAUAAACCAGGUGGAAGUCCUCUUACAGGAGCCAAGCUUCAGGAUUGUAUCACCAGAGCAAUUACAAGACACAAAGAAGUAAAGAAGCUCAUAGACAAAGUAAUAAAAAGUAUAACACCCAAGUGAACAAAAAGAGAGCUCUUUUCAAAAAUGGAUUUGUAAAAAUUGUAUUUGUUACAGUGUUCACAAACCUUUUCUACUAAAUAAACAAAUACCAAUACUACAUUUACAAAGUUCAUUUUUUCUAAAAUGUUUUUCACCCUCAUUCUAUGUACAAUGUUGUUGACUGGUAAAAAAUACAAGAUAAAACAUUCUGUUAAAAAAUUAGUGAGUAGAGGAAACCAGAUCCUAGCCACUUUAUAGAUGAAAUUUCUAAGUUCUGUAAGGUUGGCUUCCAAAAUCAGUUCAUUUCUUUUAGUGUAAUGUCAAAAUUCAUUUUCCCACCAGUAAUAUAAAACACUAAUUUUAUUUUAAGCCUUUUCCUUAACAAUCUGAAAAAAAAAAUCCCCUUCCAAUCAAUUUUUUUGUGGGGGGAGGCAAGUCUCAUGAUUUUGGAGGGGCUGAUGUGCCUCUUUUCCUUUUACUUUUUGAGUGGCUGCCUGAAUGUUGAUGAUGCAGGUGAGCUGCUUGUGCUGCUGCCGCUGCCAUAGCCAUUUGAUGCUGCAAGAAUCGCAACUGCUGCCAUGGAGGAGAAGGGAGAAAAAGCUUGUUAGUGUUGACUAUAAAGCUUUCAUAUCAGGAAGAAUGAAGAGGGGGAGAGAAAGAAAAAAUAAGGAAGCACCAGGUUGACAAAAGGAACACACCAUGUACUGGGGCAGUGGGUACAGUCAAGCAGCACCAGUGGCACAGAAGCCUGCUGAGGGCACAAGCUAACAUUUCACAUGUGAAUGUGCACAGCUUUGUUUCUUUGCCCUU